AUGGCUCCACGGAAGAAAGGUGAAUAUGAACAAGACCAUACGAAGGAGGUAGAGGAGGAAACGGGGGAUGAUGUUGUACAUAGUGCACGUGGUCUUGCACGUAGUGCAGAAGAUGAAGCAAAAAAUGAAGUUAACAAAGUUCGUGGACGUAGGAAGAGAGACACUAUAAUAACUCUCGGAAAAGACGGAAUAACAGGAAGGACUGUUCCAAGUGAAGGGCAAAAAACAGAGGAAGUUACUUGUACAGACACUGCCUUACAGCAAAGCUUAAGGACUCUUAUAGAGAACUGGCAUACGGACAGGAAGAAAGAGUAUCGAGACUGGGAUCAUGUGUGGAAGGAAAUCGAGGAUAGGAUCCAGCUACUCUCUAAAUACAUAUCAGACAAUAAAUCAAGUAUGGAAGAAACCUAUUGUAAAAAGCCAAAUGGACAGGGCACCAUAUGGACAGAAGCAGAUAGUAAUGCUUGUAUGCUCAUCACUGCAGGAUUAAAACAUAUCUACGAAAUAAACAUAGACACCGGCAAAGAGGGCGACCUAGCCAAGAAGAAUAAUAGAAUAUUUAGACAAACAGCAGCAUGUAUUAUAUUGAAUGAGUUCAUUAAAAAAUUGGAAAAAAAGGCAAAAUCUUGUACCCAGAAGAUAAGCAUAGACGAGGGAAUAAACCAUGCCUUCAGUAAAAGUUCAGAAAUUAAGGAAACAACUCCAUGCAAGGGUGAUAAUGAUUGUUUUGAGUGCAAACAGGUGGACUAUUCAGACUGUAAAAUGGGCAAUGAACAAGUGAGGGUGAAGUUAAGGGGAAAGCUUGACAGUGAUGCUAAAAUAAAUGAAGAACUGGAAGACAUAUAUCCACCUUCCAACCCCACCUCCACUUCUGGAACAGCCACUCUUACUGAAUGGUUCACACGUUUUUCGAACAAUGUGUCUGAACAGGACAACCAACAGUAUGAAGAGCUCGGUGCUCUUUCUGCUUUGUGUGAGCACAAUGAAGAUGAUGAGGAAAUUAAGAAAUUAAACCUGGACAAAUACGGCGAAUUCUGUAAUAUUAUGAUGAAAAACAUAAUGCUAGUUACAGGCGUUCCAAAGCAAUAUAAAAACGAAAAGGGAAAAACACCAUGUGAGAAGAAAGUGAAAAAUAUUCCCUUAUGUGAUUUAUUAAAAGUAUGGAUGUGGUAUAUGCACUGGUUCUGUGUUCCAAAGGAGGUCAUAGAACAUGUCAUUAGGGGUGUGAAAGAAGUAAGGGCGGAAUUUAUUAAGAAAGGUGUGAACUAUAUGGAAUGUGCUUAUGAUGCUGCAUUUAAGAUUCCUCACGGAGGCAAAAGGGAUAUGGGAAGUGAAGCGUAUGACCUAUUUGGCACAAGUACUUUGUAUCAUAAAAUAGAAAAAGAUACUAAGAAAACUUGGUGCGAAAACAAUAAAUGGGGAUAUCGGAUCCGUGCGCCGGAGGAUCCAAUCAAAGCACGAGUGGAUGAAGAUGAGGACAACAGAGUUAUCAGUAGUAAUGACAACAAAAAUAACGUGGAUGAAAUUAUGGACAAAAUUGAGGAAGGAUUAAAAGAGGAGGAAGGAGGGGGAGGAGGGGUGUCUAAACCAGGAAGACCAUCCACACCAGUUGGUGAGGACUGCACCAAGAAGACUAGCCUAUGUGAGCGCGCCAAUUGUGUAACAAAGAAUUGGUUUAUAGACAGAAUAGGCGGAGAUUCAAGACAGAACUGGUGUGCAUAUUGGGGACCGCACGACGUCGGAAACGUAUUGACUGGACUGUCUAAUGCUAUGACGAAUGAGAAUAAACUUGAUGAUGACCUAUGCAAAGACAUUCCAGGGACAAAUGGUGCAUCUACAGAGGAACCAAAUAAGAACGCAUGCUCUUACAUAGUUAGGGGGUUAGAAUAUAUAUAUAAAAUUAAGAAAAAGGAAGUAACAGAAAAAGACCAAGGGAAGAAAGCAAGGUUAGAAAAGCAAUAUGAGAAUGAUCAACAAUUUGAUCGAGUUAUUGGAUGCAUCUUCUUAAACGCCUAUGCAGAUAGAUUGCAGCAGCUGGAACAGUCUAAAUGUGAUGUGCAAGCUGGCAUAACCCAUGCUUUCAGUAAAAGUAAUGAUAUUAAAGAACAAACAUCUCCAUGUAAUAGUGAUAGUAAAUGUUUUGAAUGUAUGAGGGAAGAAAAUUUUGAUUGCACACUGAGCGUGGAUAAAGGACUAUGGACUACGAAUAAUUGCCCACAAGGAAAAAGGGAUAAUAUGAAGAAAGAAGUGGAUGAUAAGCUUGACACCAGUAAGAACGGGGAUCAAAAAGUAAAGCAAGCUCUGGAAGCAAUAGAGAAAAUAUGUCCGAAAAAUACAGAUCCUGGUAGGAGAGACACUGAGGACCAACUUCCAAAGCUUCCUGCUCCAGCUCCUCCACCUGCUCCUUCUGAUGCUGGUGGUGGAAAAGGCGGGGCAGCAACAGGUGAAGCUGCUUUAAAAGCACCCAAGGCUGUCCCACUUAUUCACAAGAAGGACAACCCCUUCCUUCCUUACCUCCCCCUUGCUCCUGCCGUCCUUGGUAUAUCUGUUAUGAGUUAUUUACUUUCGAAGUACUUUGGAAUGCUUCGUAAGACAAGAAAACGUUACAGAAGAGCUUAUCAACUACGUGGUCCAACUGUACAAGAACAACUCCUUGCUCAUGUGGACGAAGAUGGUCCACGUGAAUAUUACAUUGUAAAGGAACGCAAACCUCGUUCUACACCUAUUAAAAGGAAGAAAAAACGGGUUCCUGGUCGUCGCCGUGCUGGUCGUUGUCGCGGUGUACGUCGCCGCAUGAUUAUUGAUAUACAUUUAGAAGUCUUAAACGAAUGUCAAAAAGGAGACCUGCAUUCGACGAAGGAAGACUUUUUUGAAAUUUUGGUUCAAGAAUUCAUAGGAAACGAAUUUAUAAAAGAAGACUUUGUUCCUAAGGAACAGUACUUUGGAAUGCUUGGUAAGACAAGAAAACGUUACAAAAGAGCUCCUCAACUACGUGGUCCAUCCUUAGAACAGCAUAUUGUUGACCAUGUGGACCAACCUGGUCCACGUGAAUAUUACAUAGUGAAAGAACGCAAACCUAGUUCUACGCCUAAAAAAAGGAGGAAAAAACGUUCUGUUGGUCGUCGUGGUGGUGUACGUCGCCGCAUGAUUAUUGAUAUUCAUUUAGAACUCUUAGACGAAUAUCAAAAAGGGGACCUGCACUUGACAAAGGAAGACUUUUUUGCCAUUUUGGUUCAAGAAUUUAUGGGAAGCGAAUUAAUAAAAGAAGAAAAGGUUACAAGCUUAGAUUCCGGGAUUAGGGUUGAUCUUCCUAAGGAGCAGGUUCUAUGUUUAGAUUCCUGGUUUAGGGAGGAAGACUUUGUUCCUAGGAAAGGUGUUCCUAGGGAAGAUAUUCAUAAGUAA